AUGCAACAGAAUCAAGAAACUAAAUAUAUGAUUACGAAGGAUGAUGAUCCUAUGCCUGUUGUUUCACAAUUACCGCAAAUCGAUGAAUCUCCAUUAAAACGAACUCGAAGCCGCCUCUUGGUCGUGAUCAUGAUUAAUCUUGGACUUGCAAUGAUUAUUUUAUUUGCCGGUAGACAACUGUCAAAUGAAAACAAUGCGAAGCGGUCACUUCAACAGGCAACAGUUAUUGAGGCUAUGACAGUGUUUCUUUGGAAUGUUUAUGGACUUGUUGUUACGUACAAUUGCAAACCAAAUGGAUUAUUAUUAUUUGCAUAUUUCAUCGUCACCAAUUUAGUGUUCACUGGUAUUUUAACAAUAGUUCGUUUGGUUUCUUUUGGUGUUUUUAUAUUUUAUGCAAGACAAGUCGACCAAAAGAAGAGUGAUGUUGUUGACUUAAUCAUAUGUAGUAUAUUUUGUACUAUUGAACUUAUCAUUCUUUUUGCAGUAAAAGUAAUUAUGGCUUCGCAUGCUUUUAAACUUACAAAACUCUUAAAUACUAACAAGCAGCCGAUCAUUCACACAGUUUAA